AAAAAAAGGGAAAAGUUCAUGGAAACUGGUUUUCAGUGUUUCCUUCUGCUUCUUAACAGAAUUUUAACAAGAUGAAAGGCAUCAAUCUCAGUCACUCCCUCGAUCUUGCAAGACACCAGUUUUAGAGAGGUCCGAAAUCUUGAGAAGCUGAUUCUUGAAGGUUGCACAAAAUUGCGUGAGACUGACCAAUCAGUUGGAGUUCUCGAAAGCCUCGUUUUAUUAAACCUGAAAGACUGCAAAAAGCUUGCAAGUCUUCCUAAGAGUAUAUAUGGUUUAAAAGCCCUCAAAACUUUCAACUUAUCUGGAUGUUCAAAACUUGAGGAUAGGCUGGACUGCUGGAGGAAUUGGGUCAUGCAGAAAGUUUGGAGGAGCAUGAUAUAAGUGGAACUGCUAUUAGACAACCACCAUUUUCCUUCUCUCGCUUCAGAAAGCUUAAAAAGCUAUCUCUUCGUGGAUGCAAAGGACAGCCGCGUAAGAUUCGGAUGAUGUUUUUAUCCUCGUUUCGAGAAAAAAGGACAAUUCCUUGAGUUUGUCAUUGAAUUCAUUCUCAGGAUUGUGCUCUUUAAUAGCGUUGGAUUUAAGUAACUGCAAUCUACAGGAAGAAUCAAUUCCCAGUGAUUUCUGCUGCUUAACUUCAUUAAGUGUAUUAAACAUGAGUGGCAACAACUUUACUAGCCCACCUGCAAGUAUCCAUGAACUUUCCAAUCUUAAAUAUCUAUAUUUGGAUGAUUGCAAGAGGCUUCAAUCACUCGAGUCACUUCCUUCAAAUCUGAACUUUGUAAGUGCUCAGGCUUGUACCUCAUUGGAAACGUUACCAGAGACAUUGAACCAGUGCAGCUUGCAAACUCCGGAGUUAAAUCGUGCCGAUAGCUUUUCUUUAGUUGAGAAUCAAGGCCUUAGCCACGUUCAGUUUCUCAUGUCGUUGAAAUGCCUGGUUGAUUUCGGUAACUGUCUCACGUUUGCUUACUCUUGUCACUUACUCCCAAAGGGUUUUCUUAGAUUUCGAGAGCUGGUUAAUGGAGCACCUAGAUCUGACAUUGUUGUUUAUGGAAGUGAAAUUCCAAAGUGGUUCGACUAUCAGAGUUUGGGCUACUCAAUAACUAUACAGCUGCCACCAGUUUGGCGUGAUAGGAAUUGGGUGGGAUUUGCUUUUUAUGCUGUGUAUGUAAACCGUGACCAUUCAUUUUCUAACUUCUGCAAUAUUCAGUUUCAUUGUGCUAGUGUGAUCAGGAGCCAUAACGAGAAAAAAAUAGAGGGCUUUUGCUCACACACCUAUGUACUUGAAAAUGGUUAUGUAGAAAACCAGGUUGAUCACACAUGGCUCUUCUAUUUGCCUCGUUGUGCAUUAUUUGAUAUGGAUUGGCAGGAUACAACCAAGAACAUGCAUUACAUUGAAGUUAAGCUCAUAGACUUGAGUGGACAGUUCCAUGUGAAGAAGUGUGGCGUUCGCUUCGUUUACAAGGACGAUGCACUAGAGUUCUUCCCAAUAUUUGACCGAUUUUUCAGCUCAAAUAUGAAUUUCAAUUUUCUACGUGAAGAAUUUGAGAAAAUCAGCACUGGAUGGUAUCUUACCUAUGAUGGCUCUGACAAUGAUGAAGCAGAAUCAGUGGAAAAGGCAGAGCAACGUUGUUCGAGGAGUUAG